AUGACCGUACCCUUCAUCCGGAGGAGAGCUAGGAGACCCAAAGUCCGCACUGGCUGCCGCACGUGUCGCGCCAGACAUGUGAAAUGUGGAGAGGAGAAGCCAACAUGUUGGAAUUGCGCCAGGACGGGUAGAGAAUGUGCGGGUUAUGAUUUUGUCAAAACACCCGAGAGAAGCUCACAACUACACAUGUUGCAACCCAAGGAUGCGUCGGUCGCUCUCGUUCCAGCAGUCACCCAUGGCCUACCUUCCUUUCCGGACGGAAUCCACUCGACAACCGGCUACGAGUAUUUCUUCUGCAAGGCAUUUCAGGACCUCCCUGGGAGUAGCUGGGCCUUGGCAUGGGACCGUCUCAUCCUUCCAUUCUGUCAUUCAGAACCAGCCAUUCUAUACGGCGCUAUGGCGAUCGGGUCGCUGCAGCAUCAUAGGCUCGCUUGCAGCGACGACCUUGACGUGAGCUCAGUGCAACCUACGACCGCACUUGCGCAGUACGGAAAGUCUGCUGGCAUCAUCCGAAACGCCAUUGAAAAGUACAGACAGAAGACUACUAGCAUGAAUGACAUUGAGACGAUUCUUACGGCCUCGCUAUUGUGGUUCUGCUUUGAGAUUCUGCAUGACCAAGACGACAUGGCAAACAUGCACCUCUCUAACGGACUCAGAAUCUUGCAUGAGCACGUCGGCCGUAAAGGACUCACGAAUGCUAUAAAAAAUCCAGGACAUGAAAGGCCCAUAGAGCUUAGCGUCGGUGCUUGCUCGAGGAUGGACCUCCUGAUUCAGACCUUUGUACGACUGGAUGCGGAUAUGACUCCACUGAUUGAAGAUACAACCUUUCUUUCGCCCAUUUGUAGACAGCCGGUGCCCUCUUCGUUUUCAUCCCUCGACGAAGCCAUGAUCUUCAUCGAUGUUGUGCAGAGUCAAGUAUUCAAUAUUGGCCGUGAGCUCGAUAUCUUGGCUGAGGAAUUUCUCGAGGCGACAUAUCCAAACUUCAGCUUUCUCGACGAGACCGUCCAGGAGAUGCUCGUCCUCGCAAAAUCUCGCACCGUCGCGGCACCCAUCGAUCUCAUCAUACGUAUGGAAGAAGCGACAGAGGUGUUAAAGACGCUCAUGGUAGCCUUGACGGCUCUUCCCUCCUCAGACCCACCAGAUGCUCGCAGGAUGCUGGUGGAGCUGCAUUUGUUCAUUGUCUGGUUCGAUGCCUCUAUCUGGAAGGAUGCUGACGAGAUGGAAGUGGAUCGUUUCGACCAGCAGUUCGACCACAUUAUGGCUAUCGCCGAGCAGUACUUUGCCGCCAACGAGGCCGAAGCAACGAAUUCAACUCAGGAGGUCACUUCGCGAAUACCAGCCUCCAAAACCCGUGCUGCCUUCCAAAUCGGAAGCAGCACACUCAACACCGUCUGCACAAUCAUCGAGAAGUCUCGCAAUUCUACGAUCCGUCGACGGGGCAUCAAGCUCAUUGCACAAAUGGACAUGCGCGGUGUCUUUGACGCAGCCUUUCUGGCCGCCUACUAUCAAAGCGUGGUGGAUAUGGAGGAGGAUGAAGCAAGGAGACUUCUGGGACUGCCGCCUACUUAUAUGUUUCAUCUGAACGAGAUCCCAGCAGAAGCACGAUUGACAGAAGUGGAAGUGACAGGGGCGGAUGAUGAUAGUACCGACGACGGACACAACAUUAUGUUCUACCACCGGCAAAUGGGUCGGAUGGUGACCUCGACAGCACGCGACAGCUACAAACCAGUCACUCAAUCCUUCACAACUUCCCUCAAUCCUCAACUCCCCUUCAAAUCCUCCUCAACAUACGCCUUCAACGCAUCCGCCAUGGCCUGA